AAACGACGUCGUUAUUCGGUACCUUGUCUCGAGCUCAUCUCGUUUCUCACUCUUCCAUGGCAGGCAUGGCAUCUUUCCGUCCAAGAAGAGAAAAUAAAUGAAAGAAGAAGUUAGCUGAUUUUGCAGUUCUCAGUUUUAGCGAGUAAAGCAAAUAUGAGACCUCACAAGAAUUCAACUUUCAGCCGGAGACCUCCCAUUCUCCACCUUCUCUUCCUCGCCGCUCUUUUCUCUAUCCUCGUUUUCGCUAUCCAAUCCUCCCUCUUCUCAGGUGAUCCAAAAUCAGAUCUCAGCAAAGAAGAAAUCCAGGCUUUAUCCGAUUUCCAGUCCUCUGUUCAGCAAUGCGUGGCAAAUAGAGGGCUUGGUCUGACGGCACAUAUUGUUGACAUUUGCAAAUUGACCCUUAAGUUUCCUGAAGGCACUAACAGCACUUGGUACAAUGAUCAAUUCAAAAUUUAUGAACCAUUGGAGUACCAUUACGAUGUUUGUGAUGCAAUUCUAUUGUGGGAACAGUAUCGUAACAUGACUACAGUGCUGACAAGAGAAUACCUUGAUGCUCGACCAGAUGGGUGGUUAGAGUAUGCAGCAAAAAGAAUAGCUCAAUUGGGAUCUGAUAAAUGCUACAACAAGACUCUCUGUGAGGAACAUCUUAAUUUGAUUCUACCAGCUAAACCCCCUUUCCAUCCCCGGCAAUUUCACACUUGUGCUGUUGUUGGUAACUCAGGAGAUCUCCUAAAGACUGAGUUUGGAGAAGAUAUUGAUGGUCAUGACGCUGUUAUACGAGACAAUGAAGCUCCAGUUAAUGAGAAAUAUGCCAAGCAUGUUGGCCUAAAGAGAGAUUUCCGCCUAGUAGUUCGUGGUGCUGCUCGUAACAUGGUUAAGAUUCUCAAUGGAUCUACUGAUGAAGUACUUAUAAUCAAAAGUGUGACCCACAGAGACUUUAAUGCUAUGAUAAAGAGAAUUCCAAAUCCUGUUUACCUCUUCCAAGGUAUUGUGCUACGCAGAGGUGCUAAGGGAACUGGAAUGAAAUCUAUUGAACUAGCACUUUCAAUGUGUGACAUUGUUGACACAUAUGGAUUCACUGUUGAUCCUGGCUAUACUGAAUGGACGCGGUACUUCUCUACUCCUAGGAAAGGGCACAAUCCGCUUCAAGGACGUGCAUAUUAUCAGCUCCUAGAGUGCCUUGGUGUUAUCAGAAUUCAUUCCCCCAUGAGAGCCCAAAGGAAACAAGACUGGUCAGAUGUCCCCAGUCGAGAAAUGAUAAGCAGAGCUCAUGCUGCUGCCUUGCACUUAAAGAGGGGUCGUGGGCCUGGACAGUUCGGAAGUUGUAAGGUGUGGGGCAAUGUGGACCCUGAUAACAGUGGGCCCAUCUCUGGAUCUUCCGACAUGAGUGAUGUCAGGAAAUACUCACAUUACAAUAGAUGGGAGGUCAUGCCAUUUGAAAGUCUAAGAAGGGAGGCACGCGACUACUAUAUUCAGAUGGAAAAUGUCUCUCUCUACAAAAUGGACGGCAAUAAAUUGGAUGAUCUGGUAUGUGUGGCGCAUUCCUUGAAAUCCGAGGCAUGAACAUCAGCUUGAAGCAAUAGAACUAUUUUUUUUUGUGCUUCAGUUGGUGGCAAGGAGGAAUAUUUUUAGCAUGAAACUUCCUUUGAGAUGAGCCUCCUCUUGGAUGAUGAAUAUGUUAGCUUAUCAUUUCUGCCAGUCAUUUAGUUACUCAAGUGAAGUGAUUAAAUAUUUAUAACUGUUACCAAAGAUGGUCUUGAAAUUAGAACCCACUGUAGCAAUAUAUCCGUGUGCACGGAGAAAUAGCAUGAAAUACAAACUAACAAAGAAGACAAUCUGGGAUUUUCAACUUCUACAUAGUACAUGCACAAAGGAGAAAAUGUUUGUUAGUUUACUGGCUAAGUCCUUCCAGCUUCUGGAGGAUUCUUCUAGGGGAUGACGGAUGGGCAAGGAUUUGCUGAUCAUGGAAACUGCUAUUUGAGCAUUUGUGCGCUUUCUUUAUAUUCUGGUUCAGAGGGUUUGACAUGUGUACUGCUUCAUUGCAUCUUAACAUUCAAGGGAGAUUCAAGAGCAUCAAAUCCCACUGGUUUGAGGGUUUGGUGGUUCAGUUUGAGCUAUAAUUUAUUUUGUUAUUAUACUUUUGGAAACAGUUUAGCUUUUUGUUAUCGUAUAUUGAAAUUUUGUCAUGUUAUAAUACUGUUAUUUUGUAGUUAACGAGGAAAUAUUGUGGUUGAACUGUUGAAACAAUAUCUGAGAUGUGGACAUAUUCUCAUGCAACGAGAUUUUUAGGCUC